GAAGUAGCUUAGUAGAUAGAAGCUUACUAUAGAGGUUUCCUCCUCCUCCUUAAGUGAGUUAGUUGCAGUUCUAGUUGUUAUGAAAGCAGCACUAAGCUUCAUUUUUAGUCGACUGUAUCAAGUAUGUGAUUCCAUUGUUUUGUUUAGUUUUGAUUUUGCUGCACCCAUUUCGACUUCCUUUUUUUUACAAUUCAUUGAAACUGCUGAUUUUAUGAACGAUCGACAGCUAGAAAACAAUAACAAACGUUAAGAUUCCUAUAUCGUCUUUCUUUCCUCCAUCAGUCCCAGUGUGUAGUACAACAACAACUGCCUUCUAGAAAAAUGGCAACAUCUCGAGGACGAGGACGUCGACGUACUUUUUUCGGGAAGAUGAUCGCGACAGUUUGUGCUCUCCUCGUUCUAACCGCCCAAAUCGCGGACCAAUCUAUAAUCGCAGCGACAAAGUUGGCGGGUGCGAAUGUUCCUGGUCGUGAUUGUCGCAGUCAUGGAGAUCACGAUGCCCCUUUGUCAACCUCUGGUGGUCUUGCAGUUGCAGAUGCUUUUGACAUCGAAGAACUCUCCUGGACGAGGAAGACAUCAUCUUCAAGCAAAGAAGAUCCAAAUAAAGUCGACACAACUCUACUUGCGCACAACCUUGCCUUUUUGACAAAGUCCGACUGCCGCGCCGUUCGAACCACCUCCAAGCAGAUUGAAGAAUGCGGAAAGCUGGAGGACAAACGUGUGGAAGCGGCUUGGCAGGAGGUGUUAGCGACGGAGGAGAAGUUGCGGAGACAGCAGUUGCCCGCACUGAAACUGGCUUUCGAGAAACUUUUUAAGGAGAGAAGGCAGCUGGAGAAAGUGGCAGGACUGAACAAGACGUUCUUCCGCCCCGAGCUCCGGGAAAUCGGCGAGGAGAUCCUCGCGAAGGCGGAGAGGCUGACCACUUUGGUCUGGAAGUUUGUUGACUCCGAGGAGCAGGGCGAUCGAGAGUUUCAGACGAUGCUGGACCAGAAGAUUGAUGUCGAACCAGGAGCGGUCUCUCGUCCCCAAAAAUCGUUUAAGGACACUACUGGUAAAAUAAACCCAGCCUACCUGCAAGAAGAACGAAAUAAACGCGGCAGAGAACCACGCAGCCGCAAGAACUUUAUCCGGGUGCGCGACUCGAUGUUUAAGCAUUUGAAGACAGCCAGUCUUGAGUUCCUGCAAAUCGCUGCGGAAUUUCACGACGAACAGAAAACAGCAGAAGCCGAUGAGAAACGAAGAUUACAGAAGGAGCAUGAUUUAGCCGAUCUGGAAUAUGUUGGAGCAAGAACGCGACGAGCAGCUGCAGGAUGCGAUAACGAACCAGCAACAGGUAGUACUAGUUCAGCACCUGGUGCUGCGACUACUUCCUUGCAAGAACAGGAGACUAGCGGUGCUGCGCCUCAUGCGCCAGCUGAUGUUUUACUUUCACAUGGGGGUCGUCGUUCUUGUGGUCCCCCGACGAGCUUGGACGAGCUUUUUAUCGCGGACGAGCUCGGACGCCGAGUGGGCACAACAAGUGCCCCGCAUAACGCGGACGAUCACGAUUUGGCCCCGCUUUGUUCAUCUCCGAAGACGUCGACCAUAUUGGAGGCCCGGAGCGCCGCCGGAAAGAAUUUCAGGCGAUCUAAAUAUUUUCACAAGGACACCACAACGAGAACCUCUAGUACUGCUAGCACAGCUCCGUCGUUGUACGAUCCUCUGCAGGAGUCUCAAAAGCUGGCCAAACAGCUGCAGAUUUACGGGGCGGUGAUCGCAACGGCGUUUGUCUACCGUUGGAUCACAGACCCAGAGAACCGGUCGGACGUGAUUUCCUUGCGGAAAGACAAAAAGGAAUUCGAGACGGUGCAGGAACUUUUGUCCCUGCUGAGGAUCGAACUCCCGGAGGAGAAGAGGAAUGGCGCAACUGCUCGGCAGGACGACCUGCGAAAUAGCAAAUACUGGUUUUCGGCGGAUGCGGUUUCACAGGUGGAAACAAGGAUGUUUCAUGUCAACAACUUGAAGUUGUUAAAACACUUGCAACAGCGAGGUUACCUCGGUGGACAUCAUGAUGGAAAUGAAAUCACAGCGAAACAAGGAACGGCAAGUAGUAACCGGAGCCUCAUUUCUCCAUUCCACCUGACGAAGACGCUCCUUUUGGAACGCACGAUUUUAGAAUUCCCCGUGGACUACAGUAUAUCGGGACGGGAUACCUAUUCCUCAGCCAACGGGCAGCAGCUCUCCGAGGCCGAUUUGGCGCUGGAUGUCGGCGGGUACGCGGUGAGUGCGCAAGUCUUGAUGCGGAAGUGGGAAAUCGAAAAGAAACGGCUACAGCGGGAAGAGCUCGCACAGAGACGGACGUUGCACGGGGAUGUUGAACAAGAUGAUUUUCAUGCCGCGGAAGAUGCAGUGGCGGGAGAAAUUCUAAAAGCGCCUAUGACGACGUCGACCCAAGUAGAAGAGCAUUACCUGAAGCAUCCUCUGCUGUUUGAGCUCGAAGAGGCGGUUGCGAUGCUCGGAGCGUUUGAGGUAAAAGACCUUGUUGGCAAUAAAUCUAAAGGCAGCAUGUCCUCGUCCUCCGUCCUCGGCCGCGCUGCAGGAAUGAGACCACAAAGGACAUCAAGAGCAGCUCCUCCACCGAUGAUUGCCGUCACCAACCGAGAUUACCACAACUGGCUCCUUCUCACGAUGCGCGCCGCCUUCCCCCCUGACCUCGAGCGCACUUUCAAGCGGCGGAGGUUUCCGGGGCGAAAGAAUCCAGACGGGUAUCCGGCGAUCUUAGUCGGGCGGCAAUUGGUGGCACGCAGACUGAUUCAAGUCGCGAAUUUUGAGGCGGAGCAGGCGGUACUGUUGAUGAGACCAAGUGAUGUUGGCACCAUCUCCAUGCCGGAGAUAAUUUCUCCCUUCCUGAAGGAGCUGCUGGAAAGUUUGGUGCUCGGACGGGUUGGCAGGCGAGAAGAUUGGAGGAUGGACAAAAGCUACACCGUCCGUGAGCAACUGCAGCGGGCGAUGCUGUCGGAGUUUCUCGGGAAGGAGAAAAUGCACGCGUUUGGUGCGUCGGGGUACUUGGUUUUCGAGAUUCUGAACGGCCUGCACAAAAAACAAUUCGAGCUGGUGGAAGUUGUUGUCGACGACGCAGUUGUAGAGAUGACGAGUGCUGCAGCAGCCGGAGUUUAUCCUCGUGGUGCUUCAGCAUCCUCGAAGACCAUCUCUGGAAAAGAAGCUGCUGGCAGAACUAAAGAACACAGCACAACUUCUAAGACCAGAAAGUUUUACGUGCAAGGCCGAACGAAUUUUCCCCUUCUCGCGUGGGACCACUUGGAAAGCCUGUGUGGGGGCGCCGGAAACAUCAAGAUGGCGUGUCACCAGAAACUCGUGCCCUUCCUGCGAGCGUCCAAGGUGCUGACGGAGGUCCUUCUGUCAACAUCUUUGCAUAAUUCUCCCCCGGUCGACGUGGUUCCUGCUAGUAGCACUGCAAUUGGAAGUAGAACUACUUCUGCCCAUCAAGAGCAACUAGUACAAGUACAACAGCAACCGGGUGGUCUGCUUGUUCUACCACAACAUCUGCUGCAUCAAGAACAACAACCUCCGACGGGAAACAAAGGACCUGUACUGGUAGCGGCGAAGUCCGCUGAGAUGAAGCAAAUCCAUCCAUCGUUUUUCUCCUUCCUGAACCGGCUGCAGGAAAAAAAUGCGCUACAACUGUUCUACAAGUCCUGGUUUACCGAAAAACACGUCAUCAUGAUCAAACAAGACAGGAACCUGAAUUCCCAGACUCGUGGUCGCGUUGUGCAACUGCACGCAGACGUCAAGGGGCCGCUCCGGUGGCAAUUGUUUUGGAUUCUCAAGGUGCACGGCCACAUCCAAAGAAGUCUCGGAGCACAGGCAGCCGCCGCGCACGCUGCCUUCUUCAAUAUGGAGCUCGAAGAAUACCACGUCGGGGGGGCUGCUGGUGCUACUGGUGCAAGAUCUGCUGCAUCGGCUGCAUCUCCACCUGUGGCGCAAAUGAGGGACUUGUUUGCUGGUACCAAUAUCUCGACUGCGGGACAACUACAAGGAUCAGCAUCAUCGGGUUCGUCUUCGGGGACUGGCGUCUCUGGGUCGGGAGGAUAUCAAGUGCAAGAACUACUACGAGGGAACAAUACUAUGAGUUCGUUGAACACAGAACAAGAACAUCCACAUCAAAGCGCAACGACGACCACAGUCGGGGGGGAUGAAGCUGAUAGCGACGACGCGUCUGGCUCGUCUGGAGGAAUGAAUAUGGAAGCUGAAGUAGACUCUGCUACAGGACGACCGGAACUCCUACAAGUUCUUUUCACCGGCGCACAGCCAGUACUAGAAUCUCAAUCUCCUCCCUUCUCUCCCGGACUUGAACUUGUUCCCUUGCCCACAACGGAGGUUCUGGCGGCUAGUGAUGUUGAGGUGGAUAUCGACGACCAUAGUACCGAUGAUCUCCUUCUUCUUCCUCCACCGUCUGUACUAUUAGAAGAACCUGCAGAACGCGACUCGGAUGAUCAUGUUCUUGACGUACUAAGUGACCUGGGUACCACAGAUGAAGAAGAGUUCCCCCCGAUCGAAAUCAUUGAGCGACCGGUACGGGAUUGGGCACGGGAGUUGCUGGGUUCUUCAGGUGACUCGUCUUCUUCAUCUUCUUCCGGUGGCGAGGGCAGCGGUACUAGUACUAGUUUGUCUACUUCCUCGGAGCUUCAGGACAGUGUCGGAGAAAGACGUGUGCGACGGCGUCGCGGGAGGAGAAGCGAAAGCCUUGCAGGUCGUGGAAGAGCUACUGUGCGGCCAGGACGUGGUCGAGGACCACCAACGGGAGCUCCGCAGCAGGGACAGCAGCAGUCUUCGCCGCGACCACCUCCCCAGAUGCUUAGCAGAACUCCAUCACCCGCGCGUAGAAAUCGGUCUCGGUCUCCCGGCUUUAAUACUCCACAACGACCGGCCAGGAUGUCUCCUUCUUCCCCGCGGCCCGCAGGAACAGCAGCAGCAGUAGGACGCCGCCUCGGAGUUUCACUCCGUCCCCGCGCCACCGUAUUAGUUUAGUAGUCCGCGGACGACGAGGACGGCGUCGUUUUCUCCACCAGUUCGUCCAGGUGCUACGGCACAACGGACGCCGCCCCGCACCCCAUCGCCGAGAACAAUUCCAGGAGGACAGCGGUCGCCGGAGAUUGCUUCCCCAAGUACAACAACUAGAACCCCCGACGUGUUCAUACAACAGCGACGCGCCUCCAGUUCUUCGCCAGGAGUAGAGGAGUCAACAUUGCCGUCGUGGUCUUCGCGGCCCGCAGUUCUGGUCGGUUCGUGUGGCAGUACCUCUCCUAGAGCGGCCUCGUCACAAACGCCGCCGCCGCGGCGGGCGACGAUGGGAAAUGGAAGUAGAGGCAGCCCUGUUCAUCAUAUCGUCUCAAGCGAAACUACAGAUGAAAGUGCGGCCACAGCCACGCCUUCUAGUCGUCUCCCCCUGCAAGUAGGUGGACCCGACGAACAAAUCAAUCUCAGCGCAAGUAGGUGGACCCGGUCCGAGUCCUCUGAUGCGACGGAGCGAGACCAGCUUAUGCUGGACGAGGUUCAUGAGCAGAAUUCUUUUUCGUGACUUGAACGAGACGAGUAUGUUGCGGCAGGUCCACGAAACAGCUUCUUCCAUAGUAUAUGUUGCACCACUACAAAAUAAUUCCGAAGAACAACAAUUACAAGCGCUCCUGCGAAAGAUUCUCUUUUGAUGUGGAACGGCGCCACUUUUCUUUGGUCAGUUUCCUACGAAACAUGUAUGACACAGGAUAGUUGUCAACACUCUUUCGAGUCUUUUUUACCCAGUAUUUGUUAGUUUUGAGAAUUGUAUUGUAAUUGUAUCUUUAGAAGAAGAAGACCCACGACGACCAAAAGGCGAUUUAUCCGCCAUAUCAAAUAGUGUACUGAUUGCACAGCGGUGUGCUUACUUAAUCGAAGUCGAACCAUUUUGGGAGAGGCGCUUUCAUAUUACUUUCCCGUAUCUAGUUAUUCGAAAAUAUCAGAAGAUGUCUACUUGUUUUGCCAAAAAUUUAUAAUUAAAGUGGCCAUCGGGGGUUAUUGUGACACCAUAACUCAGCCUGCAUUCCUCCAUAUUAGCCAUAGACAGUGAAAUUAAAAGUGUGAAGUUGCUCUAUGUGGACGAAGUUCUCUACUUUGUAGUUGUGCAGUGAUUUAUACCGUAGAUUAUGGCCACCUGCGUUGAUUGUGUCACGUUCACGUGUUGUAUGUAGUGAGCUCACCGAACAACAAUUAUACACUCGUGGAACAGAAAAUUGAACCCUGCUGCGUUGCACGCGAUGUAUUUCGUUCUAGUGCAUAAAAAUUAUUCCUGCAACCGAAUUGGAGUAAUGUGCGGCUCAUGCGGUUCUCGCGCAUGAAGAUUUUAAUCCUAGCAUGCUACCACAGCAAUUGCAACUGUGGAAACUACCGCAAAUGCACCGAAUUACUUAUGCAAUCAGGGAGGUGUUAACAAUGGAUCCUGGGCCCGGAACUGGUCCUCUUGCAGGGUAGUAACGACAGAUUGGGUUUGUGAUCUGGCACAAAUAAUUUUUUUAAGUGCUGGCCUAGGUGAAUUUUUGCAAGAAAGCUUUAGGCGAAAGCCUUCUUAUGUGGUACUUUUCUUUUCCGAUGGGUUUUCACCGCACACAAGAUGAACUUAGAAAGCUACCUUCUAUAUUUACGUACUCUUACAAGUACGUCAUUCUACACUAUUCCAAGUACCUGAAAGACAAGCGUGAUAAGGUCCCCUCUUUAUUGUGUCUCCGGAUGAAACAAGCUCAUGUUGGUCUACUUCUGGCUCUGGCGCAGCGUCGCGGAGUGAAAAUGAACAUUGGAUGAGCUCUCAAUUGUUAGAUUGACCGGGCAUCAACAACGGAACUGUGGUCGAAGUAGUUUCUGAUGAAGGAACUACAAAUUCCAGCUAAUUCCUUGGCCACGGACGCUGACAACAUGAUGAAAAUGAACACCCCCUCGAUGUAUGCCAUGUCUAUUUGAAGACAUUUCCGUUUCCCUUUCGUACACUGAAGCGUAAAAUUGAAAAGAAAUGGAAAGAAUCUUAUGGCUCAACUUCUGUGUGCCUUUUCUCCUUGGGAGAUUGCGAAAAUAUCGUCCGGUCUGUUCCACUUGCAACGUCAUGUAUUUAUUUUUUCACGAAAGAACGAU